CUCUACGAUUCUGUGGAAACUCUCGCACCAGGGAGCGAGCUAGCCGGCCAGUCCUAGUGGCCUUGUCAUUCCUUGCCUCCUCCGUCAGCCAAGGAGGAAAUAUCUGGAAGUGGGAAGUCUUCCUGAAGGCUCGGGCUUGCUGCUCGGAAGCCGUUGACCAGAGGUCACCAGCAGCUGCACAACAGGAAGCUGUGCAGUGCUGGCUCGGAGGUGCCGGCAGCUUCGCAGAAAGCCCUUCGGAGCCCCCUUGGCCUGCCCUCGUGGUGUGUGGCAUCGUUCAAGACACCGUCCAUGGAAGCCAGGCGGGAGCUGGGAGGCAGCCGCUGUUCCCUGGCAGGAAGAUGCUGUGACAAGGCGGUUGCCAGCUGGGCAUGGAGCUGAACCGACUCCUCCUUCUUCUCACCAUAUUCUUGCUCCGUAUGGACCUGUCCGAGAUGAGUCCCACCAGGCUGGUUUGUGACAGGCGGCUAAUCCAGAAGUACAUCGCCGAAGCCAUGGACUUGGAGGAGAAAGUGAGCCAGUGCGGGGAACUCCCCUCCCUGCAGCAGCCUGUGCAGCUGCCCAUGGUUGGGUUCAGCCUCCGAGAGUGGAUGGCAAAGACAAACCAAGACAAAGGGCAAGAAACCCUCCGUGAUCUGGCCAACUUAGUGGAUGGCACAGCAGCCGCCCAAAACCAGCUGAGCCGGGGCUGCGCCUUGCCACUGCUCCAGCAGCUUUAUGAGAAGGCCAGCUCCUUCCUCCUGCAGCUCCGAAACUUUGGGUGGCAGGAACAGAAUCCCACCACACGGCCAGAGAGCGGCUCCCCGUUAAUUUCUGAAAGAAACCUUAGGACAAUAUUUGGGACCUACAAACAGCUUGUGAGGGGGAAGCUGCACUUCCUCUUCCAUGACUUGUGGAAAGACUCCUGCAGUGUGGGAGAUCGACAGAGGGCUGCCAACCCUGCGGCCCUGCAACCUCCCAGUCUGACCACCUUGAGGGGCCACUGAAAGACCCCCCCAUGGGCUGCUGGCCUGAUCCUUCCAAGGGAGAGAAGCACAGGACGAGUAGUAGGCCCUCUGGUGGCCAGGUGUGGAAGAGCAAGCCUGGCCAAGCCCUCAAAGCACGGGAGUCAGAAAAAAA